CAGUUGCUGCUGAUUUCACAUCAACAGCAGUGAAACACAGAGUGCACUCUGAUAGCUGAUUACUGAAUGAGAUACUGUAAACGGGUGGGAAAAAAAGACAGCGUGUGAAACAGACAGACUCAGAGAGGGAAGGUUAGAGCAGGAAAAGUGGUCAGGCUGCAGAGUAUUCUCCUAGGUGUACUGCGGAAGCUUUUUGGAAAUGGAUGCAAGGACCAUCUGCUGCCUACAGAUUAGAGGGCUGUAGAAUAAGGGCAGAGAGACGAGCCUGUGGCUCUUGAAUAAAAACUGAAGUUCUGCAUAUCUGAUUUAUCAAGAUAAAUCAUGAGUCUGUGCAUGGAUAGGAUAUUAAUGAAUAAAUCCAUGCUAUGGAUAGAGUACAGCCUGCAUUGCUAUAAAAAAUAGAUAAACAGCAACAAUGCAGUGAAUAAAUUCUGCAGUAAUUAUCUGAUUUAUGUAUGAAGAAAAAGAGAAGUGAAAUACAGAAAGCCUGUAUUGCAUUGCAUUUAACACUGAGAGAUGCUGUACAUCAUUGAAUCUGACAACUAUGGAAAGAGAAAUCAUGGAGAAGUCAAGUAGCGAGGAUUCUUCAAUUCACCGGAGUCCAUCUUUGGAUAGCAAAGACUCAGAUUUUGCUAAACCUUCUACCUCAGGAAGGCAAUUUGGUCGAGGUUUUACUGCUGGAGCUUUCUAUGGUACAGCUGGAUCACGCACACAGAACCACACUGGCAUCGAAACUGGGACUGGUUCUGGGACUGGGACUGGCAUAAAAAGUGACAAAUACAGUGCACCCAAAGGCAGCAAAUAUGUGGUCUUUUACCUGGAUCUAUCCUUUGUUUUCCUUUUAGAAUUUAAGAAGUGCGACAUGACAAGAGGCUGCCUGUGUUGUUUGAAAUAUAUGAUGUUCCUUUUCAAUUUGAUAUUUUGGUUAUGUGGCUGUGGGCUCCUGGGCGUGGGCAUCUGGCUGUCAGUAUCACAAGGAAACUUCGCCACAUUUUCUCCUAGCUUUCCAUCACUUUCAGCUGCCAACCUAGUCAUUGCCUUUGGUACAGUCAUCAUGGUGACCGGCUUUCUGGGCUGCCUAGGUGCUAUCAAGGAGAAUAAGUGCCUACUUUUGAGUUUUUUCAUCGUUUUGCUGAUAAUUCUCCUGGCAGAGCUGAUAUUACUAAUUUUGUUCUUUGUUUAUAUGGACAAGGUCAGUGAGAGCGCAAAGAAGGAUUUGAAGGAAGGUAUGAAGCUGUACAACUCAGAAAAUAACGUUGGUCUGAAAAAUGCAUGGAAUAUCAUUCAAGCAGAGAUGAAGUGCUGUGGUGUAAAUGACUUUACGGAUUGGUACCCAGUACUGGGAGAAAACAUUGUCCCAGACCGAUGCUGUACAGAAAACUCUCAAGACUGUGGACGGAAUUCCACUGAAUUAGUAUGGAAAACGGGAUGUUAUGAGAGAGUUAUGACUUGGUUUGAUGAGAAUAAGCAUGUCCUUGGCUCAACUGGGAUGUGUAUCCUUAUAAUGCAGAUUCUUGGCAUGGCCUUCUCCAUGACACUCUUCCAGCAGAUUCACAGGACUGGCAAAAAAUAUGAUGCCUAAAGCCUCUGAAACAUUAUCACAUCAGCCCUUGUGUUUGAUCAUAAAAAUGAACAAAAGGAGAGACUGCAAAGAGUAUCAAGCCAAGCCCUGCUGAGUGAAUCCGUCCCACUGUCUGAUCUACUUUGUUGUUACUUGUACAGAUAUUAUCACAACUUGUUGUUUGAUUCAUAUUUUUCUCUGUUUCACAUUUGCCAUUUAUUUGCCAAAGAGAGGGGGAAAAGCUCCCGAACACAUGGAUUUUCUAAACAAAAUCAUACAUCUGUUUCCAAGACUAUUCCCUUGAUUUAAGAACACGUUUUGCUCUACCAAUACAUGCUAAAUGUGCAAAAGUUAUAUAAGUUAAACUUUAAGGGAGAAUUCUUCAAAGUCUUCCAUUACGUUUUCAACCCUCAUGUUCAAUUCACUGGAAGUCUUGUAAAAGCUACUCUAACUGGGAGUCUUAUGAAUUGGAGCUUCUUGUACCUGAUGGUGUAUACUUUUUUGUUAUGAUAAUGAUGAUUAUUAAUAUUAUGAUAAAUAUAGCUUAGAAUUUAGUAUCCUGAUUUAUAGCUUCUAUAUAAUAUAUCUGUUUUUACACAUUUAUUGUACAUUAGUGUAGAAACCACUGUGCAACCUCCUGAGGAUAUGUUUUUCAAAGUUGACAGUUGGGGAGGACAGAUAAAGAAAAUGUUUCUCAAGUUCACUACUUGAGAAACACUCCUCCUACCUCCUACUUAAUACUCCUGUGAUGCUAAAUUUCAGUGUCUUUACCCAGCCAAAGCAGACUGUGACACUGUAAUUGGUGCUCCUUGUUAGACUGUUUUGAUGUUAUGCUACUUUGAAAUCUAAAAGUAAUGGCUAAGUGAGUAAUUCUCCCUGGCAUAAAGGAGAAAGGUUGCAGUCUGGCCUGCUGGUCACUUGGCAGCAGGUUUCACAAACUGUAUUGUCUGUUUCAAAAAAUUUGCAUAAAGCAUGGUGUGCUGCAGGAUAUUAGAAAGAGGGGUAGCAAUUUUAUUACAAUUUUGUCAUGCUAUGCCUUUCAGUGAAGUGGUUCCAUCAAAGAGAUGACAGCUAUCUCUCUGAGCUGGAAAAGAUGUCUCUGGACAGAGAGGAACAUGAAUUUGAUUAAAGAAGAGCAGGUUCAGAAAAGGGGCAAUUUCCAAAAGAAACUGAGAGAGACAAUGCACUGUCACACCUUCAGCACAGAACUGGUUCAUGCUGGGAGAUUGCCAGAUCUACCCAGUGAUGUGAUCAAGAGUUCACUGAGAUGCGAUGCAUAUUUUUUAGCCAUAUUCUGACUACAAAAUUUGAACAAAAAUUCUAGUUUGAAUGCCAUUUUAUUGUAAGCCAAUUCCAUUUACUUUUUUUUUUUUUUUUUUUUUAAAGAAAUCUCUCCUAAGUUUUACAGUGUUGUGAAGGAAGAAGAAAAGGCCAUUAGAGCAUGUUGUGUUUUAGCUCCAGUCAGGGCUUAACUAAGCUCUGAAAGGAAUUCUACUUUAUAUUAAUUCAGCUUAUAUUAACUGGCAGUUAGAGGGGAUCUUUGUAAGUUACCUCAUCCAGUGUCACUCUCAAAAGAGAGCUGUCAUCUAUGUGAGAUGGAAUUCACUAUGAUGUUAAUAGACUGAAUAACAGAAACUGCUAAGGAUGGAGAUUUUAUGCCUCUGUGGUAUCCCAUUCAGAGCCGUGCCAUGUCAAACUACUCCUGUGGUAAAUACAUUUCUCCUAAUGUUCAGUCUGAAUAUUUAUGUUUUAAUCUCUGAAAAUACGUUGGUUUCGUUGUAUAAUUCAGCCAAUCUUUUCAUGAUGAGCUGAAGUAACAAUUGGGCCGCUUCCUAUCUGGAAAGUAUGAGUACCCUGUUUUAUCUUCCUAGUAGGUUCUGUUUGCAUUUGUAAAUCAGACAGCAUUUUGUGUGGACUCUCUCACUUUUUGAUGUUCCUUUGAGAUCAGUAUGAUGGAAAGAGUGUGAAUGCAUGGGACAAGAGAGAUGAAUUUGUAUUUUGGGUAUUACAGUGAUGUAGUCCAUUACUAAUCUUAAAGAAUGGCCCUUGUCCACAUGAGCAUGAUGUCUGAAGUUUCAUAAAUCUCUUGUUGCCUACUGAAGAACACUGUAUGGGCUCAGCUAUUUAAUUUGCAUUGCCUUUGAAAUCCAGGGAAGGAGUAGAAGGGAAGCACAGUAACUGAAUCCAGUUUUAAUUCCACUUCUAACAAAAAUUGGGACCAAGAACAUCUGAGCCUCAUUGGAGAUGUUGCUCAUCAAAGAAGGGGCUCUGAUGCCCAGUAUACUUGCUGCUACAUGUAAGACCAUAUACAAAAUACCUUAUACAAAAUUACUAAAAUGUGUUGCUAUUUCUACAAGAAAGACAGAACAAUUUUCAUCUAAUGACUCUAUUACAUUCUCCCUUUGGUCAGAGGUGCUUUACUUUUUUUAAUUUUCUUUGGGGUUUGAGAAGAAUAAGAUGCAUCACAUCACAUCUGUCCUCUUGGGUUGCACUGUGGUACGUGCUACAACUUAAAUUUCAAUCUACAUACAGCUUUUAUACAAAAAAAAAAAAAAAAAAAAAAAGUGAAAACAAUAGGAAAGUAAAAAAAAAAAAAUUAAAGUUCAUCAAUAAAACAGAGAAGAAAUGCAUAGUUGCAGAUUUGACUAUUUUGCCUUCCAUCUAAACUUUUUUUAGAAUGCUUCAUUCCAUUUCACAAUCUAAUAGUAAAUACAAUAGAUCUUAAUCUGAAGAUUACUUUUAUCAUUCUAAACACAAUAUUAAUUGAGGUAGUUACACAAGCUUUGUGUAUUUAUCUCUGUGAAGCCACUCUACAGUAAGGUAGUCGAGAGCAGGGCUGGUUUGUGUCUCUAGCUGACACACCGAUGUGGGAGAAGACAGACAUCCUGAAAGGAGAAGAAAAGUAAUGCCAUUUUCUAGGCAACAGAAACAGCCUUGGAAACUGUGAGGCUGCAUCAGUAAGUUUGUCAUGGAAAGCACUGUCUCGUAACUGUUUGGUCUCGUGUAUAUAUGCACUUUUCUUGCUUAUGCUAAUGGGUGGCUUUCUCUGCGUUUUCCCCAAACAUCAUUUUAGUUAUUUAGCUGCAAAUUUUUAGCAUGUUUUUAAAUUUAAAAAAGUGAUAAUUCAGUAAAAAUAUAUUUAGUAUACACAAAUAUUGAUUUGUAUCAAUACAUACUUCUCUGCAUCGUGUUUUCUGGAAAGCAGAGUUCAAGUGUGUGAAAAUGCUGUUUCUUUGAAUAUUUCUUCAGAUUGUAGUGUAUCUGCUGUCUCACUGUGCUUUAUGUUUGGAAGCUGCAUCAGCGCUUAGCAGAGACAUUGGGAAAACUCCUUGAAAACUGUGGAAGUGAAAGCAGUGAAUUAUGUUCCCUCUUGGUGGUACCAAGGUUUUUAGUUAUAGGAAUUGCAGGUGGAGAGAACUGAAAAGAGCACACUCUCUGCACAUAGCAUGUGAGAUGUUACCAACAAUGGCGUAAAUUUAUCAAUGAUAACAGAUUAGUUGUGUACUCUGUGCAUUGAGUUCUUGGACUAUGGUCAAGUUAUGCCAACCCUCUUACAACUCUCUUGUGUCCCUCCCCACUGUCUCCAUUACUAUUAAUAUACAUGGACUACAAAUAUACACAGGAGUGCAAGCAGAAGACAGCAGAAUUGCUCCUUGUGGUCUUUUUUGGGCAGUAUGUUGGUCAAGUAUAGAGAAGACAAGAAAGAAAAGGGUAUUUUCCUAGCUGAUAUUUUUUGGGAGCAGCAUGGAAUAGGGCACACAUUCUGAUGUAACUUACUUUUAUAGGGUUGAACAGCUUCAUCCUGUAGCCUACGUGGGGAAACAUGGAGAUGUUUGCCUGCAGACUAGCCAGCCGUCUGUUGUGCAGUAGAUAGUAGACACAAAGACACUAACAACAUACCAUUCCCACCAGGUGAUGUUUGCACCAGUGUUUCUUCUAUGCAAUACCUUUUUUGCCUUUAUAUAAAAGUUUUUUUAAUAGGAUGAUACACAAAUAAAGGAUAUUUUAAAAGGUG